AUGUCCGAGUCUGGCGCGACGUCAGGUUCCUUUGCUUCCCUUGCCCACCGCAUGCUUUCCAAGAUAAUAGACCAGGAAGCCCUGAGCGAUUUGACCCACACGCCAUCGCUUCUAAAGGGGCUCCUGAACAUGGGCCUGGGCCGCCUCGGGUUUCAGAGCUCGCAGAAGCCGAGCGACCACCAGACGGUCAUCUUGUUUGUCGUGGGAGGCUUGAGCAUACUUGAAAUCAGGGACAUGUUGAAUGAAAUCGACAGGAGUGGAGAGCCGGGCAUGACGUACAUCUUGGGUGGAAGUGUCGUGCUGACCCCGCAGGAUGUCGUGGAGGGCGUGUUUGCAUAG